AUGGAGGGCGCGAUGGCAGUGCGGGUGACGGCCGCUCAUACGGCAGAAGCCCCGGCCGAAGCCGGGCGGGAAGCGGGCGAAGGCGGGGUCGCGGCGGGAGCGGCGGCGACGGCCUUGGCCCCCGGCGGCUUCCUCGGCUUCCCGGCGCCCUUCAGCGAGGAAGAUGAGGACGAUGUGCACAGAUGUGGCCGCUGCCAGGCGGAGUUCACCGCCUUGGAAGACUUCGUUCAGCACAAGAUUCAGAAGGCCUGCCGGCGGGCUCCUCCAGAGGCCCUGCCCGCCACUCCUGCCACCACCGCACUGCUGGGCCAGGAGGUGGUGCCAGCGGCGGCUGGCCCAGAGGAGCCCAUCACCGUGGCCCACAUCGUGGUAGAGGCGGCCUCUCUGGCAGCGGACAUUGGCCACGCACCGGACCUCGUCGGUGGUGGGCACAUCAAAGAGGUCAUUGUGGCUGCUAAAGCAGAGCCAGGGGACAGUGAGAUGGCGGAGGCCCCAGGCAGCCCCCACCGGCAGGGGCUGGGGCUUGCUGGGGAGGGCGAGCAGGCCCAGGUCAAGCUGCUGGUGAACAAGGACGGCCGCUACGUGUGCAUGCUGUGCCACAAGACCUUCAAGACGGGCAGCAUCCUCAAGGCCCACAUGGUCACCCACAGCAGCCGCAAGGACCACGAGUGCAAGCUCUGCGGGGCCUCCUUCCGCACCAAGGGCUCGCUCAUCCGGCACCACCGGCGGCACACGGAUGAGCGCCCCUACAAGUGCGCCAAAUGUGGAAAGAGCUUCCGGGAGUCGGGUGCGCUGACCCGGCAUCUCAAGUCUCUUACCCCAUGCACGGAAAAAAUUCGCUUCAGCGUGAGCAAGGAUGUGGUUGUCAGCCAAGAGGACGUGCCUGCAGGGUCUGGAGCCUCUGCUGUGGGGACAGUUACAUCAUCAUCAGUGACAGGCGAGCCUAUGGAGACUUCGCCCGUGAUUCAUCUGGUGACAGAUGCCAAGGGCACCGUCAUCCACCCACAGCCCCCAGUCCCUGAAGAGCUUCCCUGUCCCGGCGAGGGCAGCCGUGAGAACCUGCUGCACCAGGCCAUGCAGAACUCUGGCAUCGUCCUCGAGCGGGUUGCUGGAGAGGAGGGUGCCCUGGAUCCAGCCCCUCCCGCCGGGUCCAGUCCCCAGCCCUUGGGAGAUGGCGCCCCGGAACUGCCACUGCUGGAGGUGCAGCCGAUGGAGACACAGGUGGCCAGUGAGCCCUCAGCUGUGCCCAGGACCCACCCGUGCCCUCAGUGCAGUGAGACCUUCCCAACAGCAGCCACCCUGGAGGCCCACAAGAGGGGCCAUGCAGGGCCGAGGCCGUUCACCUGCAUGCAGUGUGGCAAGGCUUUCCCCAAGGCCUACCUGCUCAAGAAGCACCAGGAGGUGCACGUGCACGAGCGCCGCUUCCGCUGUGGGGACUGCGGGAAGCUUUACAAGACCAUCGCCCACGUGCGUGGCCACCGGCGUGUCCACUCAGACGAGCGACCCUACCCUUGUCCCGAAUGUGGCAAGUGCUACAAGACCAAGAAUGCUCAACAGGUGCACUUCCGGACACACCUGGAGGAGAAGCCUCACGUGUGCCAGUUCUGUAGCCGAGGCUUCCGGGAGAAGGGCUCGCUGGUGCGGCACGUGCGGCACCACACGGGCGAGAAGCCCUUCAAGUGCUACAAGUGUGGCCGUGGCUUUGCCGAGCACGGCACGCUCAACCGGCACCUGCGCACCAAAGGGGGCUGCCUGCUGGAGGUGGAGGAGUUGCUGUGGUCCGAGGAGAGCCCCGAGGCAGCCACCACCGUCCUUGCAGAGGACCCACACACGGUGUUAGUGGAGUUCUCGUCCGUGGUGGCUGACACCCAGGAGUACAUCAUUGAGGCCACUGCAGACGAUGCUGAGACCAGUGAAGCCACGGAGAUCAUUGAGGGCGCCCAGACAGAGGUGGACAGCCACAUCAUGAAGGUGGUGCAGCAGAUGGUGCACCAGGCCAGCGCCGGGCAUCAGAUCAUUGUGCAGAAUGUGACCGUGGACCAGGAGGCAGGGCUGGGCCCAGAAGCAGCUGCCUCCGACACCAUCACCAUCGCCACCCCUGAGAGCCUGACGGAGCAGGUGGCCAUGACGCUGGCCUCAGCCAUCAGUGAGGGCACUGUGCUCACGGCCCGAGCAGGUGCAAAUGGCACCGAACAGGGUACAGUGACCAUGGUGUCAUCGGAGGACAUUGAGAUCCUGGAGCAUGCGGGCGAGCUGGUCAUCGCCUCGCCCGAGGGUCAGAUUGAGGUGCGGACCGUUGUCAUCUAGCAUGGAGGCCUGUGGAUCGCUGCUGGCUGGAGCUGGGCCAGGGUGUCUGCCAGCCCUGCCCAGGCCUGCCUGGCCUGGUAGAGAAGAUGGCACAGAAUUCAGACGUGCAGAGGAGAAGGGGAGUGUAAAUACAGUUUUUUGUUGCUUUACAAUAAAACAUGAAAACCUGCAUCUUGUGAUGUUGCGGCAGUGACAGCCUGGGGCUGGCUCACCACCUUCGCAGCUUCCUCUGGCAGCAGCACCUGCCUGCCCAGGCCACCCCAAACCCAGCGCCUGUCCACCCCGCCCAGGGGCUCCCGCCAGCCCUGGCGGCGCCUUGGUGGUGCGUGGGUGUCACUGGCAUGUCGACAGGCAGCCUGCUGCUGCUGCCCUGCCCAGCUAGACCCAUGACCCCGGUUUCCUCAGGCCUGUGGGAUGGUGGGCGGAGGGCGCUGCUGCCCAGCCUCCAGCCCCAGGGCUGCCAUGGGGGUGGGCAGAGCAGCCUUGGCUUUUUACCCCGAGGUGGGGACGUGUCAGAGCAGCAGGGAUGCUGGGCUGGACCCGGGCUGGUCUUUCCUGAGUGCCCUGCCUUAGUUUCCCUAAGGUGAUGCCACUCAAGCAGGCAAAUUCUGGGUGCCUGGCUUCUGGCUGAUCCUCUGCCAGCCCUGAGGCUGCCCUUGGGGGGCUGGCAGGGGCUUCUGAGCUGGUUCUGGGACCCGGCCUAGGGCACCAGGGCUGGCUCAGGCAGAUCCCCUGCUCCUUGCCCUCGGGGUCUCCAUGGGAAGGGGAGCCAAGAGUCCCAGCAUCCAGCUCCAUCAAGGGGGUGGGACCCAACGCAGCCGGCCCCUCCCUGGACCAAGGCCACAAAUACCCGUGCCCUGGCGCCAGAGCUGCUUCCCGACCAAGUCUGGGCAGUUGGUCCUGCGCCGGGACGUGCCCCCAGCCAGGACCCAGGAUCCCCACUGGACCAGGCCCUCAGCCUCUGCUACUGCCUCAGCCACAUCCCAGGUGAGUCUCGGGGCUGGGUAGAGCGGGAGGCUGGGGACUGGACGGGACCGGGGUUCCUCUGUUCGGGCUUCAGUUUCCCCACGCAGCGGCAGAACACUAGGGGCCGAGAGCCCAGUGCGCUACUCUGGGGAGACCUGGAGAGCGUAGGCCGGCGAAGGAUGCGCCUCCACACCCGCCAACCCAGCUGGGCAGGCGGCGGGCAGAGGAAGGGUCCAUGUGGCUGACCCCAGGUCCACGCUCAC